UCACCGGGUCGUGCCGGGGACCUGGGGACCGGAGGGGCUGAGGACAAAGUCUGAGCCACCCGGGAGGAGUCGGUGGGGCCCCGGCCGCGGGCGACUGCGGAGAAGCCAAAGGCUCCUGGGGGCGCCGAUGCGGGAGCGGUGUGCGAGCCCCGGAGCAGUCCCGGCCUGACGUGGGCGAAGCACUGCGGAGGAUGCCCCGGCCGCAGACCCUAGCGGGCCUGUGAGAGCUAGCCCGGUGUAGAAGAGGAAAGGGAGGCUGGCCGUGGUGCACGCCCGAGCUCUCGGGAGGCUGAGGCGGCGGAAUCUCUGAGUUCCGAGCCCGCCUAAGCCUCAAAACUUGAUUGGGGUGGAGGGGCAGGUGUGCUGCACUCCUGAGCCAGCGCUGGGUAGACGGAGGCAGGAGGAUCAGAUCUUCAAGUCAUCAUCAACCAACAGCGAGUUUAAGGCCAGCCUGGGCUACGGGAAAGCCACAAGUUUUUUUAAAAACAAAACAGAACAUAAAACCUAUUACACUUAAUUAAUUAACUAAUUAAUUAAAGCAAAAGGCCCGGCAGGAAGCAUCCGCUCGAAGGGUUGGUACAGACAGGCGAAGGGAACUCCGAGCUCCUGGGUCUGCCGCAGACGGGACGCGGGGAAGGGGACCCGGAGACGUGGCCAUGAUGCCGGAGUGUUCGGUGGCUGAACGAGAGAGAAGGGGUUCGUUCUAGAGCCCUCAGUGUGCGUCUUGCUCCCCGGGGGCCUGCGCAGCCCCCAACACCCUCUGAGUCCCCAGGCUUUGAGCCCACCCUCUGGGUGUGCAGUGAACCCGCACCCUUGGAGUAGGUAAAUAAACGCAUGACCACUGAGUCGCGCCUGUAAAAUGGCAAACUCUUUUUCUCUGCCGCAUAGUAUUCCGGUGGCUUGACAAGGCUAACAUCUUGGGAGAUGAGGACGCCUCUGAGCUACAUUUAACAGGGAUGCGAGGGUGUGGCUGAGGUCAGGUCCUCGUGGUUCCUGUUGACAGUUUCCAAAGUGCCCGCGCUCGUGACAGGAACUCGGCCCUGGAUGCCAGUUAGACCAGGAACCUUGUCCCUAUCCAUCAGAGUCAGACAAAUGUAUCUGAAGAUGUCACCCCUGUCCCGAAGCGUCAUGGCUUCCGGCGUCCUGGAGAAGCAAACUCUGCCAGGGCUUCCUCAGAAGGCGGGCCUGGGCCCCUGCCUGCAGCCCGGGGUGCCGACCCUCCGCUGCUCGGUGCCCAGAGCCCUCCCUCCUCCAGCCACCCCUCUGUCAUCUGGGCACAGCUCCGGGAAGAGUGAAGGCUCCAAGCGGCUCCGGCAUCUACGCAGGGAGCCGCGAAGGCGGGGACAAGGGAGGGGCGGGGGUAUAAGGGCGGCCACCGCGACGCGGGCGGAGGAGCCACUUUCCAGCCCCUGCUGCUGCCAGCAGCAGAGACCAGGGCGCCGGGAUCCUCGGUAUCCUCCCUCUCGUCCCCACAGUCCCAGGACUCAAUCCGGGAAGGCUGCCUGGAGGAGGAGGGCGACGGGGCCAUGGCCACCGAGGCGACGCUGGGUCCCAACGUGACCUGGUGGGCUCCGUCCAACGCUUCGGGAUGCCCAGGCUGCGGUGCCAACGCUUCGGACGACCCGGGCCCCGCGCCCAGGCCCCUGGAUGCCUGGCUGGUUCCCCUGUUCUUCGCUGCGCUCAUGCUGCUCGGGCUGGUCGGGAACUCACUGGUCAUCUACGUCAUCUGCCGCCACAAGCACAUGCAGACCGUCACCAACUUCUACAUCGCCAACCUGGCGGCCACGGACGUCACGUUCCUGCUGUGCUGCGUGCCCUUCACCGCCCUCCUCUAUCCGCUGCCCGCCUGGGUGCUCGGGGACUUCAUGUGCAAAUUCGUCAACUACAUCCAGCAGGUCUCGGUGCAAGCCACCUGCGCCACUCUGACGGCCAUGAGCGUGGACCGCUGGUACGUGACUGUGUUUCCGCUGCGUGCACUUCACCGCCGCACCCCGCGCCUGGCCUUGGCUGUCAGCCUCAGCAUCUGGGUGGGGUCCGCAGCUGUGUCCGCCCCGGUGCUGGCCCUGCACCGCCUGUCGCCGGGGCCUCGCACCUACUGCAGCGAGGCGUUUCCCAGCCGCGCCCUGGAGCGAGCCUUCGCGCUCUACAACCUGCUGGCUCUGUACCUGCUGCCGCUGCUCGCCACCUGCGCCUGCUACGGUGCCAUGCUGCGCCACCUGGGCCGCGCCGCCGUCCGCCCGGCACCCACCGACGGCGCCCUGCAGGGGCGGCUGCUGGCACAGCGCGCUGGAGCAGUGCGCACCAAGGUCUCCCGGCUGGUGGCCGCUGUCGUCCUGCUCUUCGCCGCCUGCUGGGGCCCGAUCCAGCUGUUCCUGGUGCUUCAAGCCCUGGGCCCCUCAGGGGCCUGGCACCCUCGAAGCUACGCCGCCUACGCGCUCAAGAUCUGGGCUCACUGCAUGUCCUACAGCAACUCGGCGCUCAACCCGCUGCUCUAUGCCUUCCUGGGUUCGCACUUCAGGCGGGCCUUCUGCCGCGUGUGCCCCUGCGGCCCGCAACCGCAGCGCCGGUCCCACGCGGCAGCGCGCUCGGGCCGAGCCGCAACCCACAGUGUGCCACACAGCCGGGCUGCGCACCCGGGCCGGAUCGGGAGCCCCGAGCCUGGGGACCCUGUGGCGCGCUCGCCCUGCGCUCAGAGUGAACACACCGCCCCACUCUGAGCCGCUCCCGCCUGUGGGAUAACCCGACCCGGCUGCUUGCCCUGGGUGGGCGGCUGUUAACAGUUUAAUCUGUGUCAAUCGCCUUCUUUUCUCCCCUUUGGCCCCAGUACACCAUGUUUUUUUGCUGUGGAUGUUGUGAUAAUUCUCUACGCACGCUGUGAUCUUUGAAGAUUAAUGUACUCACUUUCUGCAUCUAUUUUAUUUUAUUUAUUUUUUCUUUUCGGGUGCCGGGACCUGAACCAGGAGUUUGUGUUUAUGAGGAGGCGAGUUAUGUACUAAAUGCCCAGCCUCUCUGUCUCUCUGUUUCCCCUUUUCCUACCUCUUGUCUUUCUUUCUUUGUUUCUUUGUUUCUUUCUUUCUGUCUCUCUCUCUCUCUCUCUCUCUCUCUCUCUCUCUCUCUCUCUCUCUCUCUCUUUCUUUCUUUUUGGCUUUUUCGUGACAGGUUUCUCUGUGUAGCCCUGGUUGUCCUGGAACUCACUCUGUAGACCAGGCUGGCCUCGACCUCAGAGCUCCCCUUGCCUCUGCCUCCCAAGUGCUUGGAUUAAAGGCCUUUGAGACCA